AUGGUUAAGCUUGCGACUGUCGUCUUCGUCUUCGUCUCUGCCCUCGCUGUGUCUGCUUCGCCAGACUUUACCUCGAGCGAGGACAACCUCAUCGCCCGUGAGAUUCUGGAAGAGAUCUACGGGCGAGACAUCGAGGCUCGAGACCUCGACGUCGAGCUCCAAGAGCGGGAGCCCUUCCUUCCACUGCUUUUUGGUGCCGCCAAAGCCGUGAAAGGCGUUGUCUCCGCCGUCCGCGGCCGCAGAAGAAAGCGUGACCUCGAGGAUAUCGAUGAACUCGCCCUCCGCGAGAUCGAAGACCUCGAUAUGCGGGAGGCCGAAGACCUCGACAUGCGAGAGAUCCUCGACUUGUACGAGCGAGAAUUCUUGGAGGACCUCGAUUGA